AUGGCGUUGGUCUCAUCAUUCCAAUCUCCUCCCUAUGGCACACAAUACUCUGGAUAUUACCGGCCGCCUCCAUCGCCCCCCAUGGACGAGCCAAAGUGCUCAUUGCCCUCUAUCUCCAACCUGCUGGGCCUAGCCGACGCAGGCUCACUGGCGAGUGAGGCGUCAUACAAAUCACAGCACAACUCUCCCAGACCAUAUGUCAAGACUGAGAGCCGCCCGGCUUCACGACACAGGACACUGCCACCCACACCGCCCAUGUCCACAGAUGCCUCUUUUGACAUUCGACGCUCUCCAUCAAGCAAGCCUAGCAGCAUCUCCCAUGCUCCUCACAGCCACUAUUACGAGACAACCCCCCCUGUAGAGGCCCAUGAUGCACACCGUCAUCGAAUGGCCGCCUCUCGGCCUACCAUCUCAACAUCGGUUGCCCAGCAGCCUUCAAUGGCAUCUGCCCAGUCUCCUGUCGGCAGCUACUAUCCCGUGCAGAACCUACCACCGCCUUCUCCUGCUCAGGUGCCUGGUCUUCAGUAUCAGCGUGCGCUGCCCCAGUCAUUCCCACCGCCGCCUAGCCCCCUCAGCGUAACACCCUCUGGUGGCUAUGUCUGGCAACACCACCAUUAUCUCAACCCGUCCAACGGGAUCCCAUUCCCUCCCACUCAAGAUCGAUACAUCUGCCAAACUUGUAAUAAGGCUUUCAGCCGGCCCAGCAGCCUGCGCAUCCACAGCCACUCGCACACUGGCGAGAAGCCCUUCAAGUGCCCUCACACUGGAUGCGGCAAGGCCUUUAGUGUUCGAAGCAAUAUGAAGCGACACGAGCGAGGCUGCCACGGCUUUGACGUAGGGAAGGGACCUAUUCUUCUCUCCUAA